UGUAAAGGACAGCGGGCAUGUAGAUAUAGUGAAGCCGUACGAUUGGACUUACACGACAACGUAUUCGGGUACGUUACGACAACCAGUCAAUGGCCAUAUAUUUGAACCAACUGGUGAACGGAUUGACAUUGAAAAGUUGAGAGCUCCUGAACCUAUUUUGUUUUAUAAUGAAAACGUUUUGUAUGAGGACGAACUGGCCGACAAUGGAACUGCGAUUCUUUUUGUGAAAGUGCGAGUAAUGCCAUCUGGAUUCUUUGCACUACAUCGGUUCUUUCUUCGUGUUGAUAACGUUCUCUUUCGUAUGAAUGACACUAGAGUGUAUCAUGAAUUUGGUAGUGAUAAGAUAACGAGAGAAUUCAUGAGUAGAGAACAACCUUAUGCAAAGAUACGAUCGCUCAUUCCACUACAUAGGCGAGAAGAUGUAUCGCAACUGACAGAUAUUGAAUGGGUGUCUUCAAAGUUACCACCGGCGGACGAAAUUAUAGUCGAGAAAGCUCGUGUUGUUUCUCC